UCUGCUUGGCGGCAGAGGGACUUUGACCCCCUCUCUCUCUUGGGCCCAGAAGUGCUGGCAGAGUCACACACACACACACUCACACACACAGAGCCCCCCAAAAUAGUCCGGCUUCCAACGAGGAGAAGCGCCCCCAGCGCCCCCAGACUUCGAAAAGGGGGGGGGUCUUGCCUUAAGCCAACCUCUUACUGCUUGGUGGCAGAGGGACUUUGACCCCCUCCUCUUUUGGGCCCAGAAGUGCUGGCAGAGUCUCUCUCUCUCUCUCUCUCACACACACACAAACACACACACAGAGGUCCCCCCCAAAAAAAUAUUCCGGCUUCCAACUCCGCCGAACCGCCCCGACUAAUGCCUUUCUCUCGUCUUUCUCCCCCCUCCCCGCCCCGCUCGCCUGCUUUUCUGUCUUUCCGUUCUCUCUCCCCAGCAGGGCACGGGGGUGUCAACCAGCUCGGGGGGGUGUUUGUGAACGGCAGGCCCCUACCGGACGUGGUGCGGCAGAGGAUCGUGGAGCUGGCUCACCAGGGCGUGCGGCCUUGCGACAUCUCCCGCCAGCUGCGGGUCAGCCACGGCUGUGUCAGCAAGAUCCUGGGCAGGGACCUGCGGUGGGUUCGCAAAGAGGGGGAAAAGCCCGACGAAAAGCCCGGGAACAAACCGAGCGCCGCCCCGCUUGCGCUGAGACCAGCCGGCAAGCCUCCCCUCCCCGCUUCCCAGCUAAGCCAGGCCGGGCCCUGCUUUCUCUCCAGCCGCAGGUAUUACGAGACCGGGAGCAUCAAGCCUGGGGUCAUCGGGGGCUCCAAGCCGAAGGUGGCGACGCCCAAAGUGGUGGAUAAGAUCGCCGAGUACAAAAGGCAGAACCCCACCAUGUUCGCCUGGGAGAUCCGCGACCGGCUCCUGGCCGAGGGCAUCUGCGACAACGACACGGUCCCCAGCGUCUCCUCCAUCAACCGGAUCAUCAGAACAAAAGUACAACAGCCUUUUCACCCAACACCGGAUGGGAGUGGAACAGGGGUAACUGCAUCUGGACAUACUAUAGUUCCCAGUACAGCUUCCCCUCCUGUCUCCAGUGCCUCCAAUGAUCCAGUGGGCUCCUACUCCAUUAAUGGGAUUCUGGGGAUUCCUCGAUCAAAUGGUGAGAAGAGGAAACGUGAUGAAGACGUAACGGAGGGCUCCGUCCCCAAUGGUGAUUCCCAGAACAGUGUGGAUAGUUUGCGGAAGCAUCUUCGUGCUGAUACUUUCACACAACAGCAACUGGAAGCGUUAGAUCGCGUCUUUGAGCGGCCUUCUUACCCGGACGUCUUUCAGGCAUCAGAGCACAUCAAAUCUGAGCAGGGUAAUGAGUAUUCCCUCCCAGCUCUGACCCCUGGUCUUGAUGAAGUCAAGUCAAGUCUAUCCACCUCUGCUAACCCAGACCUGGGGAACAACGUGUCAGGACCCCAGACAUACCCUGUAGUGACUGGUCGUGACAUGGCCAGCACAACUUUGCCUGGCUACCCACCACAUGUUCCACCAACUGGACAAGGCAGUUACCCAACCUCAACUCUUGCAGGAAUGGUGCCUGGGAGUGAAUUCUCAGGCAAUCCUUACAGCCACCCUCAAUACACAACCUACAAUGAAGCCUGGAGGUUCAGCAAUCCUGCGUUACUAAGUUCCCCUUAUUAUUAUAGUGCCACAUCCCGGGGCUCCGCACCUCCCACUGCUGCCGCUGCCUAUGACCGCCACUAGCUACCAUGGAAACCACAUGAAACUGCAGGGUGACAGCCUAGGCCUCCAUAUUGUACCUGUCUGAUGGACAUUUUGCGUCACCUGGAAGAAAACAACCCCCCUUCCCUCCACCUUCUGCUCCUCAGUGUUCUUUCAGAUUGCAGAAUUUACUGACCUCACCAGAUUGAAAAUGUCAUAUCCCUUGCAAUCUAGCCAAGCUACUCUACUGGGUAGGGGCAAAAUCAAGUUUGUGGCCAGUGGUUCUGCUGUCUCCAUUGCUAAUACCACUGCAAUAUUUCAGACUUCUCCUUGGUGAAUUCUUCAGUUUCUUCCACACGAGUCUUCUCUAACUGAAAAAAGAAUGGAGAGGGGUAUGGGCAGCCAGUGGCAGAGGAGAAUGCUGCUUAUAAAUUAAUUGUUGCCCCCUAAAACGAUCGUCUAUGAAAAAGAACUCAGAAUGACCAACAGUUAAAUUUCCAGAAGCCUGAGGAAACCGUGCAUCUCAGCCUAAUGAAGGGGGAAAGACUGUGCAUCAUCCACUGUAUUUCACAAAAGUUUCCUCGUGUGAUACAUUCCCUCUCAUUCCUAUAUAGGUCGGUUGAAAUAAUUAGGUUUUGCUUUCUUCUCAUUUGAAGACUGACCAUUUCCAUCGUAUUUGUCAAAAUCUUACGAGCGGAAGGUGAACAAGCAAUCACACCGGUAAAACGUAUUCAGACUCAAGUCAGAAAGAAGGAUGGAGUGAUGUCAACCAAUCGUCAAAAUGAAGAAUGAUACAAGUGGAUAUAUAAAUAUAACUGCUUUUAAUGCUUUGCCCUGAAAGUCUAUAAAUCGAGGAGGGAAAUAAAUAAAACCCCAGUUUUCUAAAAAAAAAAAAAAAAAAAGUAAAGUCAUGACAGAAUAAGCUGAAAUACCACCCCAACACAUUUUCUUGGGUUUCAUUCUUUUCCUAUUAUGCACACACAGGAAUAUUCAUGUAUGGCAGAGAGGAGAGCGAGUACAGAUAGUCCUCGAUUUACAAUAGUUCCUUUAGCGACCGUUCAAAGUUACAACGGCACUGAAAAAAGCCACUUAUGACCAUUUUUCACACUUACGACCUUUGCAGCAUUCCUGUGGUCAUGUGAUUUAUAUUCAGAUGCUCAGCAACUGGUUCAUAUUUAUGACGGUUGUAGCGUCCCGAGCAAAGUCAAUGGGGAAGCCAGCUUCACUUAAGAACAAAUUAAGUGGUCACUAAUUUGACAACUGCGGUGAUUCACUUAACAAACGCAACAAGAAAAGUCGUAAAGUGGGGCAAAACUCACUUAACAAAUUUCUCACUUAGCAACAUCAAUUUGGGCUCAGUUGCGGUUGCAAGUCGAGGACUACCUGCACCUUUUUUGUGCAGCCAUCUGCACAAUGCACAAAUUUGGCAACAAUUCAGAAAGAUGUUCCAUUCUCCAUGUGUAACAUGCAUUUGUUUAGCUACCAGCCAAAAUAUAUUGCUUUUCGCUGGGGAAUGUUAACAGUUUGGGCAACUGACAAUGAAUCCAAAUAAUUCCAUUUAGAACAGAGAUUAUUAUUAUUAUUAUUAUUAUUUUGUUCUCUGCCUUUCACUUUCUGCCACUCCUAUAGAAACAUCAGGAUGGAAUAAACAUACGAGAAGUGAUAUAGUGCAAACGAAAUGUUGAAGUACAGAAAAAGAGAUUUCACUUCCAGAAUGUUAUGCCUUCUUUUCUUAUUUACAAUGACGAACGAAAGGGCACCCACCAGCAGCAGGUUUACAAUGUGGUCCCAAUUUGAUUUGAGAAUGGACAGAUAAGCGAUCGUGCCAUUGCCAAUUCAUGCCAAAUCUAAAAUUUCAAAAUCACUUUUAAACUUGCCAUCUAUUGCAAGACAAUAUAUUUGUGAUAUAAAAAUCAGACACAAGGCCUAUCACCUAUCUUGAUCAAUCUUAUUACCUAUCUUGUUGGGUUGGGUUUUUGGUUUUUUUUUUUUGUUUGUUUGUUUGUUUGUUUUUGCUAUAUCAUAAUACUCUCACCAAUUCUUAAGCCUGCUAUUCUGUGUGAAAUAAUUUGAAGAUUCCCCACCCCCACCCCAAUUGACCAUAAGUUGUCUGAUUCCUUGCGGCUGCCCAAAUCUGUUGAGGGCUUCGCUCGGGCCUGUUGCAUCUCAAGUGCUAAUAUCAUGGCCUUCCUUCUGCUCUGCUUCUUGCCUUCCUUCCCUUUUAUUGAAAUAAAAAGUUAUAAGAUACAUAAUAAAAGAAAUUUUAAAACUCAGAUUUGUGAAAACUUGACUACGUCUAGCAAGGUCUUGUCCUCAGAAGAGGGAGAAGAAAAACCUACUCCCCUUUUACCAGAGUGAGAAUCAUGAAGAAAUUCAUUUCCAUCCACAAAAGUGACAGCAUAGGAUGCCUUCUAUAGCAAAAGGAUUCAUUCCCAAAGUCUCUUCUUAUGUGUUCUAAUUCCCAUGUAAUUCUCCCUUAGCGAAUGACAUGCAAAUGAAGUGGACUUUUUAAUCAGUUUUUUUUUUCCUGAGUUACCACAGCAAUUCCCUUGUUGCAUCUGGAAUCUUGAGGAUUUAGCUUAAUUCAUUCAGUUAAUAUUCUAGAAAAAGUUGCUAACUUGGAAGAAAGGAUGUGUUUUAUUCCCCAUCUCCUGAUGAUGGCAUCCAACUAUCUUACCUCUUCUUGCCAUAACAAUAUGAAAUAUUCCAUUAUUAAAAUACCUUAUUUAUGCAAGUUUCAUGUCAUAAUGUAAGAAUAUUGUAAAUCAUAUAAAAAAUGGAUGGAACAUUGUGCAUGCUCAUGGUGAAUUUCAGACUUAUUAAAAUCUAGCAUUUCCUUCAGCAAGUUAGUGUAGUCUCUCAAUAUAAUCCAGUCUAGAAUGUCCUAAUCUAUACAGGGAAGGGGGAAGAGGUUAUCUUUGUCAAUGUCCUUCUUCCCUGUACUCUUGAGCACUAUCUCCCAAAAUAUUCAACAAGAUUUUCCCUUCCUCCUCCUAAGCAAAGAGAGAGAAUUAUUACUUCUCUUUUCCACUAGUAAAGAUGUUCUGUUGGAUCUGGAGAAGAAAGGAGAUAUAAUUUACCUAAAAGAUUGUAGGGAGCAUAACAUGCUCAUAUGUAUCUUGUGUACAUCUAAUGUUAAACCCUCUGUAGAGAAGCAAGGUCUUCUCUUUAGGAGGUUUUGAGGUAAAAGAGGAACAAGUGUUCAUAGAGAACUAGAUAUACUUGCUGCCUCCCGUUUGGUACAUCUUGACUUCAUCAAGAGGCACUUGAUCCACUUUCGAGCAGACUUAAAGCAGGAGGUUUUGCAAAUCAACGAAUUGUCAAUAUUGGGUGGAUAUAAGAAAUGGUUGUAUUUGGCUUUAUAGCGCCUUUCCGUAAGAUGAUCAAAAAUGACCAUUGCCAUGAGCCAGAAACUCUUUGUUGUUCUCCAUAAUACCAUUGAAAUGUGUUGAUAUUGUUGGAUCACAAAAAUCAUCUACAUUUUAGGCUGUGUUUUUUAAAAAAAAAACAAUAAUAAUAAAAGAAUUUUUAUUCAUAGCCCCAAAUUAAAAGAUCUGGAAACGCA